AUGGACGCUUGUUUGUUACCGAUUCUUGUUACAGCUACUUUGAUCAGCAUAACUUCUGGUCUGGAUUCAGAAAACAUAGUCGGCCAUAACUUAGCAGCCCUAAAACAGUUUCCUUACCAGGUCCUCAUAACCCUAGAAUCUGGAAUUUGUGGCGGUGCCCUUAUUGAGCCUGACAUCGUGUUAACUGCUGCUCAUUGUAUCCAAAAUGACAAUAAUCGACCAAAGGCAGUUUACGCAGGAAUGAUAGAUGUAAACGAUCUUCAUAAUGCUCAAUGGAUCAACGUAAAAGAGAUUUACACGCAUGCGAAAUACAAUGGUGAUGAGAACAAACUUCCCAUGAACGACAUUGCUUUGAUGAAAUUAGAGAAAGAGUUUACAUUGAGCUCGUACAUCGACCUAGUAAAUUUACCCGAGCGAUGGGAGAAUUUUAACGACAAAACCGCUGUUCUGACUGGUUUUGGCUGGAACUCAGUGGAGGUGACCAUAGAUUCCAAAGAAGAACCGGUGCGAGAUGGUAAAACCGAUCUACGAUUGAGAUACGCUCCAGUAAAGGUCACUGUAGAAGAAGGUUAUCCUAGAACGAUUCUCAGCGGACAAAUGGAAAGUGCUUCUGGAGCUUGCGACGGCGACAGUGGUGGUCCCCUCGUCAGAGACAACAAAGUUAUUGGAAUUUUGAGUUAUUGUCCAAACGAUUGUGACGAGACGCAUAAUCCUUCAUAUUACAUGAAGGUCUCGGAAUACUUGAACUUUAUCCAAGGAGUGAUAGAUGGGGAACCCGUAAAGAAAGAAACUAAAAUUGUCACUUUCCAUUGA